AUGUUUUAAACCUGGGUCGGAAGAGAGAGGCUACUGUUUAGCCUAGACUAGUCUCGCCUUCUCUGAAUUUAGACUACGUACAUGCUUUGCGUGACGGAAGAGACUAUAUCAAGUGCGUGGUCUAUCCAAAAAAUAUUACUGAGUGGAGUCUGUCUCACUAACGAACAAUUAAGCUACUUUUAGGCUACUGUACUUGAUUGAAGACAAUACUAAAUGGAAGACCAGACUGUAAAGACCUCACCCUCGUGUUAUAUGCUAAAAUAACGCUACUACAGUUUCAAGUAAUUAAUUGCCGAGAACCAAGACUCAAAAAAGCAUGAGUCUACUCGCGCUCUUUGCAGUCUUUUUAGGACUAUUUUUUCCGGUGAAAGCUUCGGACGUUUCCCACAAACCUAGAGUGACAUUGACAGACAAAGAUGUGAGCUUCCUAAGAAUCCACCUGUCUGGGAAUAACAGCCGUAUAGAGCUCUUGCACGGCCCUCAUGACAACAUAGUAUAUGCUACAGGCAGCAUAAACCUGUUCCAGACAAACUUCCACAGUUCUAUGACCUCUACAAUGGGUCCUGUGUUUGGAGAGGGUUGUAGAAGUAAUGAUCCCACAUCACCAGACUGUCACUAUAACAUCACUGUUUUAUGCAAGACUAAAGAUCCAAACCAACUGUUCCUGUGUGGAACCAAUGGACAACAACACACAUUGUGCUGUUACAUGAACCCAUCAGACGACCCGUUUAACUGCACUCGAUCCAAGGCCAUCCAAGACAUUAAACAACACAUAAAUGAAAGAGAGCCAUCGCUCCUCAUUGGUUCUCCUGAGGUAGAGCAGUUCUACACCACUCACUCAGGCACAGAGCGUUCCGUGGGGAUCAACAGGUUCGGGAAGAAGAAGCUAUGGACAGAAAACAGUGGAACAGAACAGAGAUAUGUGAGUUUGGUGGCUAGCGGGCAUAGAGAGGAUCGUCUGCAGGACAGACUAUAUGCUUUCUACAUAGAGAAGAACCGAGACCCGUGUUUGGGCUGUGAUCUCUGGGUUCCCUGGGUUGCUCAAGUCUGCAUGGCUGAUCUUGGAGGGCCCAAGUCUUAUCUGCAGUUCAGGUGGACCUCCAAGCUGAGUGCCAGGCUCUUCUGUGGAGACCAUGACAGCAGGCUGUACUUCACCCAGCUAGUGGACGUGAACACUGUUCUGGCAGAGAGGUGGCAGGAUACCAGGGUCUAUGCACUCUUCAGGAAUGGCUGGGGUAUGAGUGCUGUAUGUGUCUACACCAUAGAAGAUAUUGACCAUAUCUUUAAAACCUCCAACUUCACUGGGCACACGGGGUCCGUUCCAAGCCCACGACCUGGGGAGUGUGUUAAAGACAGUACUAAACUCCCCAUGGAAGUCCUGAAGAUGGUGGACAAGGUUUUAGAGAUGAAGGAGGGGGUCACCAGUGGGCCUCUCCUGGUCACUCACCAGUAUUACCACCACAUCCGCGUGGACAGAGUCCAAGGCAAAGGGAAUGUCCUGUUUCUGUCUCUAGAGAAUGGAGGGAUUCAUAAGGUUCUGGAGAGGGAUGGUCAAGUCUUCGUCAUCGCUGAGUUACAACCUUUUAACUACAGCGCACACAUCCUCAGUAUGAUGUUGCACUCCUCCACGGGGAAGCUGUAUCUGGCCUCCAGCAGAGAGCUGGUUCAGAUUGACCUGGGCAGCUGUGAGCAGUAUGGAGCCCAGUGUGAAGACUGUGUCCUGGCCAGAGACCCUUACUGCGGCUGGGACGGCAAUCACUGCACCACAGCUACAAAUAAGACAAUUCAGGAUGUGGAGAAUGGGAACCAUCAAGUAUGCAGCAACAUAUCCAGAGGAGUUACUGCAAGUAAAGUUUACUUUCCAAGGUCACCAGUUGGCGCUGCAGAUGAAAUCAGAAUUCCUCUAUCUUCAAAGUACUUCCUCAGUUGCCCAACCUUGUCCAGCCACGCUGAGUACAGCUGGAGGCACCAUGGCAACACCACAUCAACACCGUGCAUCUCCACAGGGUCAGAGCACCAGUGUCUCCUGCUAAUAGAGAGCAUGGGCCCUGAGCAGCAGGGAACAUACAGCUGUGUGUCUGAGGAGAGAGGCUACCACAGGACCCUGGUGCAAUACAAGUUACAGCUAGACAGUGGGGCCACAGGCCUGGCCUCUCCCCGCUUGGCUUGUCUGGGUCUGGUACUAACACUGGUCCUGACUUUGCUCUGCUAGAAUCAGCUCUGUGGGUUCUCACCCCAGCCCUAUGGCCUAGCGGACUUGACUUGGACAUGUCUGCACUUGUACUUUGGUCUUCCUUACACCCACGCUACCUCAAGAAUAGUACAUGACAGUCAACAGUCAAGUGACUGAGCCAUUUCCUUUGUUUCUUUCACGAUCAAUUGGUCAAAAAACAGAACGCUGUAGAAGUUGAAGGAACUGCACUUGUGCUAAGUUAAUGAUUUAUCUGGAGGAAUUGGCCUUUAUAUAUUUUAUAAUUAUGCUCUGUUUUCCAAUAUGGAACUUUGCAGAUGUUUCAAAUAUUUUAUGUGACAAUCUGAAUGUAUAGUAUAUUGCUAAAACACUUAAGUUUUAGACAUUUUAGAAAUAUAUAUAUAUUUUCUUAACUUUUAAGUUUCAUGCUAACAGCAUGAUAGUUGUAAAUAUAUACAGUACCAGUUAAAAAUGUGGACAUUACAGGGGUUUUAUUUAUUUGUACUAUUUUCUACAUUGUAGAAUUAUAGUGAAGACAUCAAAACUAUGAAAUAACACAUAUGGAAUCA